AUGGCAGGCUCCUCGUCAAGUCUUCUCUCCCUUGCUCCAAUCUUCCAUUACAGCCUCCACGAAAUCUUUACUAUGAGUGAGGGCGCCGUCCUGGGCUACGACUCGUCCGACAUUGCUCCGAGGAUGCAAUGGGCGCGAGCCAAGGCCGAUUCCAACAUCUGUCUCGAUCAUUCGGGCAAUAUUUCUGGUCUUGUCGGAACCGCCUUUGUUGCCAGGGAUCUAAUUAGCGUUGUCGAUGCGCUCGAUGAGGAUGACCUGUCCAGUUUACAGGAGAGUCUAAGAUGUCCAAGUGAAAAGGGAGAAGACACCACAUCAGUCGAGGGGUUGACAAGACUCUGGGGGGCGAUCGACAAGAUGAUUAUCGACGGAGUCCAGAACCCUCACGAAUACUACCAUGCUCAUGGACAAUGGCUCGACACCGACAAAGCCUUCGCUAACAUCUUCGAAACCUGCAUAGAAGCAGGCUACCCAGCUUGCGCCCUGGCAGGCGGCAAUGCGACAGCCUCAUCCCUCGAAUCCGCCGUCUGGGAUCUCCUGGACGCGGUUCGGGAGCACCCCAUCCACUGCGCAAUCAACGUCCCCUCGGCCUGUGCCGCGGAACGAAUGGCCAACUACUGGUUGCACGGCGACCUUCCGGCCCCGGGUACGGUCUGUUCCAGCGACGCCCCGCCCUACACCGACAUCACCUGGCUCGACGUGUUUGAAAAGAUGUCGUCGUCGUCGCCGAGCGUGAACGGUCGCAGGGACAUCUUGCUCCAUAACCGCGAAGCGUACGACCUUAGAGAGGUUGAAAAAGUGCUGGGACGCCGGUGGUUCUAA